AUGUUUGAUUUUUCAGGACGACAAGCGCACAGUUUAAUCUUGGAGAAUGGAGAUGAUAAAGGGGUUGUGGAUGUGCAAUUCAGAAGUCAAGGUGCAAGACCUGUUGCAUUAGAUUCCCAACAUGUAGGUACUGUUUUCAAUCGAUCAAACGAUAAGGGUCCAAUUUCGCGCUUCAGCAAGGAUGGAGAUAGAGCAGGCGGUCCCCAUGGGAAGGACCGGCAAGUUUCUGAUAUCGAGUUGAUGAAGGAAAGGUUUGCUAAGCUGCUUUUGGGGGAGGACAAUUCCGGUGGUGGGAAGGGUGUUUCAUCUGCUUUAGCUUUGUCAAACGCCAUUACAAAUCUUGCUGCUUCUGUAUUUGGAGAACAAAGGAAGUUGGAGCCUAUGUCUGCAGAUAGGAAAGUAAGGUGGAGAAAAGAAAUCGAUUGGCUCUUAUCUGUUACGGAUUACAUUGUUGAAUUUGUCCCUUCUCAACAGAGAUCAAAGGAUGGAACAAAUAUGGAGAUAAUGAUAACUCAGCAAAGAAGAGAUCUGCUCAUGAACAUCCCGGCUUUGCGCAAGCUUGAUGCAAUGCUUAUUGACUGUCUUGACAACUUCAAAGAACACAAUGAAUUCUGGUAUGUCUCAAGAGAUGCUGAUGAGUCUGAAAAAGGCAUCCAAAGAAAUGACAAAUGGUGGCUACCCACAGUUAAGGUUCCCCCAAAUGGGCUAUCAGAUGCAUCACGGAAAUGGCUUCAAUAUCAAAAGGAAUGUGUCAACCAAGUCUUGAAAGCAUCCAUGGCUAUCAAUGCUCAGAUACUAUCAGAAAUGGAGGUCCCCGAAAACUACAUUGAAUCUCUCCCUAAGAAUGGUAGAUCAAGCCUUGGUGAUUCAAUCUACAAGAGCAUUACGGUUGAGUUUUUUGCACCUGAGCAAUUCCUUUCAACCAUGGACAUGUCAUCAGAGCAUAAAAUUCUUGACCUCAAGAACAGAAUUGAGGCAUCUAUUGUGAUUUGGAGGAGGAAGAUGCACCAAAAGGACACAAAGUCUUCUUGGGGUUCUGCCGUGAGCGUAGAGAAGAGGGAGCUCUUUGAAGAGAGAGCAGAGACCAUCUUACUCCUACUCAAACAACGUUUUCCAGGACUUCCUCAAUCCGCACUUGACAUAAGUAAAAUCCAAUAUAACGGAGAUGUCGGGCAUUCGAUUCUGGAGAGCUAUUCAAGGGUACUAGAAAGCUUGGCCAAUACAGUCAUGUCUCGUAUUGAAGAUGUCCUGUAUGUUGAUUCUCUCACUCAAGAUCCAUCACUUCCAGUAUCCAGAAAGAAGCUGUCAAUGGACUCCUCACCAUCACCACAACCACAACCACCGAGUUCCAUCAGUUCCAUGGAAGAGACAGAAAAGUUGAAUUCUGCAGAUACGCCGACAUCAAUGACACUAUCCGACUUCAUGGGUUGGAAUCUGGAGCAGGGAGACACAGGCAUGAAAAAGAAUCUCUCAACUAGUAACUUAACCUUACAGGAUGAAAACAAACUAGGUAACAUUGUGACCAACAAGAAGUUUUCGUACAUUGAUAAACUCGAGAAUGGCCUAAGAAGUCCAACUGCUCGCCAUUAAUAGUUAGAAGCAGAAAGAGAAAGGAGAAAGAUACAGCAAGAGAGGGAU